AUGACAGCUGUCCCACUUAUUGUGAAGUUAUUGUCCUCAUCAGUCUCAGUGGCAAAUAGAGCUGGAAAAAUUGUUAGAGAUGUUAUGAGCAAAGGAGAACUCGGUAUCGUCGAAAAGGGUAAAGAUGACUUUCAGACUGAAGCCGAUAGAUCUGCACAGCGGUGCAUUAUUGCAUCACUUUCCACUCAAUAUCCCAAAUUGAAUAUUAUUGGUGAAGAAGAUAGUUUGGAUACAGUGGAUGAAGUUCCUAGCGAUUGGAUUGUUAUAGACUCUGAUAAAGAUGUUCUGAGCCUCGAGUGCCCCCCCAGCCUUCAAGAUAUUAAGGAAGAGGAUAUUGUUGUAUGGGUGGAUCCUCUUGAUGGAACUUCAGAAUACACUCAAGGUGCCCUAAUGUUGAAGAGAGAUCCUUGGGAAAGAUGGAAAAUGUACUUAACACAUCCAUUUAUUAGUAUCAAAUGGUAUUUAAGUUUGCUCCAAUCAAAUUAUGGUUUUCUAGAGCAUGUGACUGUUCUGAUUGGUAUAUCUGUCAAUGAAAAGCCUGUGGCAGGGGUUAUUCACCAACCAUAUUAUAAAACACUAAUUGGAGGUGAAAAUAAGUUGGGCAGGACUAUAUGGGGCUUGCAAGACACAGGAGUUGGUGGAUUCACUCCUGCACCUCCCCCGGAUGCUCUAGUUAUUACUACUACAAGAAGUCACUCUAAUCCGCUUGUAGAGAAGGCACUUCAAGUGAUGAAUGCCAAUCAAAUAUUGCGUGUUGGAGGAGCGGGCUACAAGGUCUUACAAUUACUGGAAGGAGUUGCAUCAGUAUAUGUGUUUGCAAGUAGUGGCUGUAAAAAAUGGGAUACAUGUGCACCUGAGGCAAUACUAUCUGCAGCUGGAGGAAAGUUGACUGAUGUUCUUGGCAACUUCUACAAAUACGGCGCCUCAGAAUCGCGACCGAACAAAACUGGAGUACUCGCUGCUGUUAACAAUGAUUUACAUAGUUACGCCCUCAGCAAAAUACCUCAAGAACUAAAAGACACAUUGUCCAAAAAG